AUGAUGAAUGCCUUCAGCAGUAUAUUCAAGAAUAAGCUGGUAAACUUUAAGAGUGGUGGGUAUCUGUCAGCAUCGCUGCAGCAAAAUGGACUACUUGCUUUGGCGGCUCGUUGUGUGAGCAAUGAAGCGUCUUUUCAAACCAAGCCCUAUAAGCUGCAUAAGUUGGAUUCAGGUCCACCGACUGAAGUGACACUCAAAAGGGAUGAUGCGUUGAAGUACUACCACCAGAUGCAAGUAAUACGUAGGAUGGAAACAGCCGCAGGUAACCUGUAUAAAGAAAAAAAAAUUCGAGGUUUUUGUCACUUGUAUUCUGGUCAAGAGGCUUGUGCUGUUGGCAUGAAGGCUGCUAUGGACCCUGAUGACGCAAUCAUUACAUCUUAUAGAUGUCAUGGCUGGACUUACAUAUGUAGUGGCAGUAUUGCUCAGGUUUUAGCCGAACUUACAGGCCGAGUAUCCGGAAAUGUCCAUGGAAAAGGCGGGUCUAUGCACAUGUAUGCGCCAAACUUUUUUGGUGGUAAUGGUAUUGUGGGAGCACAACAACCUUUAGGCACUGGAAUCGCUUUCGCUAUGAAGUACAGGAACCAGAAGAAUGUCUGUCUAACUAUUUUUGGUGAUGGAGCUGCUAAUCAAGGACAAUUAUUUGAAUCAACGAAUAUGGCAAAGUUAUGGAAUUUGCCAGUGCUUUAUAUAUGUGAAAACAACUAUUACGGUAUGGGAACGGCAGCUGCACGUUCUUCGGCCUGUCCUGAGUACUACACACGAGGAGAUUAUGUUCCAGGAAUAUGGUGCGAUGGUAUGGAUUUAUUGUCGAUUCGAGAAGUUAUUCGCUUUGCCAAGGAGUACUGCAACGCUGGUAAGGGUCCUCUUAUGAUUGAGGUAGCAACGUAUCGAUAUGGUGGUCAUUCUAUGUCGGACCCUGGAACAAGUUACCGAACGCGUGAAGAAAUUCAAGAAGUGCGGAAAUCCCGAGAUCCUAUAACGAGUUUCAAAGAUAAAAUACUCACUGCAGAUUUAGCGACAGAAGAAGAACUCAAGGAAUUAGACAAGGAAGUCAGAAAGGAGGUGGACGAAGCUGUUAAAGUUGCACAGAAGGACUCGGUAGCUCCUGCUGAGAUUCUUUAUGCAGAUGUCUAUUGCAAUACUCCUAAACAAUUUAUACGGUGCGCCACUUUAGACACUUCUCUCGUGCAGCCAUUUGCUACAUCAGCAGAAGCUUUGAAAGCAAAAUGA